CGUCGCUGCACAGCUAUUUUCAGGUCUCUCCAGAGAUGUUUGAUCGGGUUCAAGUCCGGGCUCUGGCAAAGUAUUGUGACUGUGUUGACCAGUGUCUGGAAACUGAGGGUGUUGGCUGUCUGUGUGAGUUUCUGACUUGUUACCACGACCACAUCCUUUGAGUUGAGCAUAAACAGCGGUUCAAAAGUCAGAGAGAGACCAGAGCUCCUCACAGCUUUCUUCACACCAACAUCAGAACAACAUUAGACAGCAUCUCUACACCAGAGCCUUCUGAAGGACACGACCAUGACACACAUCAUAGUCGUCUGUCUCUGGGUCGUCACUAUUCUCCCGUUGUAUCUGCACACAGGUGAUUGUGCAAAGAUCAUUGGUGGAGCGGAGGUGGUGCCUCACUCUUUACCCUACAUGGCCCGAUUGGAGAACGGCAAAGGUGAUCUGGUCUGUGGAGGGAUCCUCAUCAGCGAGUCAUGGGUCCUGACUGCAGCCCACUGUAAAGUAAAAAAGGGCUUGUCCUCACAUUUAAUAAAGAGGGUCAACCUGGGUGUCCACUCCGUAAAUGCAACUGAGAAGGCUUACAGACAGGUCAGAGAUGUGGAGAACCACGUUCCUUAUCCCGACUACAAUGCUGCGGACCACCGCCACGACAUCAUGCUGCUACAGGUCAGCCCAGUCCUGUUGUCUGUAGACGUCACCGUGAUCAACAGAGCCAAGUGUAAUUCCGGAAAAUACUACAACUUCAACCCUAUCAUCUAUGGAGGCAUGCUGUGUGCUGGUUACGUUGGAUGUCAGCAGCCGGCUGAUGCUUGUCAGGGAGACUCUGGUGGCCCGUUGGUGUGUGGAGGUAAACUAAGGGGAGUCGUGUCCUUCGGGCAUGGAUGUGGUCGCAAGACCAAACCUGGGGUGUACACACUCAUAUCUAAAUACCAGGACUGGAUCAAUACAAACAUCCAGACCGCUGGCUGAUUUAGCCAACUUCUGUCUAUUCUGAAAAACAUUGAUAUAUUAUGAGCAAAAUGCCAUUUAAUAUAAUUAUUUUUUUAGCAACUGGAAAACACAAAGUGUCUUUCUCCUUAAAUGUGAAUUAAUAUCAAUAAAAAAAUCACUAAUCAAAUGAGCAUGUUGUGAACAGUCAAGAAGUGAAAGUAUAACAUUGUUCUCUGAAUUAUUGGGUGAUAUAACGCAACAAUUUGAUAUACAUUAUUGCUUCUGUAUGCUUACUUUUUACUUUUCCUGCAUUUGAAAAUCAAUUAAAAAAACAUCUU